UAUUUUGGUUACGCCCCUCCCAACAGAGAAGAGGAUUGAUCGAUCGACCACCGGGUCUCGUAAAUAAACCCCUAGGUGGUUGAACUUCAAAGGAUUUCGGAGGUUUCAUCAGUAAAAUCCACAGCAUGAGGCACAUCAAAGCUUCGGAAAGACUGACAGAAAAGAAAGUGGAGAAAAAACUGCACGCAGAAAAGAAAUCUGCCUCGCAGGAUGAAGAUAAGCCUAAAGAGCCGAAGUACGGGCCGAUGCCGACGCUGCCGAACCAGCGGCUGUGGACGCGUGGCAUGAUGGUCGGCGGCGCGUUGAUCGUGCUGAUGUUCACCUCGGGCAAGGGUCGCGAGGUGACGAUCGCCAAGCAGGCGGAAACCGUGCAGCACAAGGGCCAACACGUGCACUGCUCGGACGACUACACCAAGGAGCUGCAGCAGUACGCGGGCUGCGUGCCCGAGCAGUGCGGCCGCGUCAUCACGGACGGCCUCGUCAGCACCAAGGAGGCCAAGGACAUGCUGCAGCUGGCCAAGAAGGGAAUGACCCUCGGCGGCUCCGACGGCGGCGCCACCAUACUCGACCUGCACUCGGGCGCCCUGUCCAAGGGCACGGCGUUUGUCAACGUGUACUCGCUGCAGCCGAACCUGCUCACGCCGCAAGACUAUAAACUCUACAAGACUGUCCGGACCAAGAUCCACCAUUCAGUGGCGCACCACUUUGGUGUGGCGGCCGACCUGCUGCACCUCACCCACCCGACCUUCUUCUCCAGGCUGACCGACAUUGAGGCUAAGUCGCCCAACGACGAGUACUGGCACCCUCACGUCGACAAGGAAACCUACGAGGCAUUCCACUACACUAGUCUCCUCUACCUCAAUGACUUUGGGGAGGACUUCAAAGGCGGCCGGUUUGUCUUCGUCGACCAAGACCACACAAACAGAACGGUCGAGCCAAAAAGAGGGCGAGUUUCGAUGUUUACGUCAGGGUCAGAAAAUCUGCACUACGUGGAAAAAGUGAGCUCCGGAGAGAGAUAUGCGUUGACCGUGUCGUUCACUUGCAAUAUUGAGGCAGCAAUAAAAGACCCAGCAACCCCAAAGUGAUUUGAAAAUGUUCACAGUAAUGAUUAGUGGGAUGUGAUCUCAAAGUCGCAUUUUGUGAGCAAUAUUACAUAAUUGUGAGGUAAUUUGAGCAGCGUAAUGUUCUAUCAUGUUGUUCAUCAUUCGUGUUGUAGUUGAAUAUAAACGUUUGAUAAUAAAACGAUAAAAA